AUGCAUCAGCUGUUCAGACUGGUUUUAGGACAAAAAGAUCUUUCCCGCGCCGGGGACCUCUUCUCUUUAGAUGACUCUGAGAUUGAAGACAGCCUGACAGAAGCUCUGGAACAAAUUAAAAUAAUUAGCUCAUCUUCCGAUUACCAAACCAAUAACAAUGACCAGGCAGUGGUUGAAAUCUGUAUCACGCGAAUCACAACAGCUAUCAGAGAGACAGAGUCCAUUGAAAAGCAUGCCAAGGCCCUUGUGGGGCUCUGGGACUCCUGCUUGGAACACAACCUGAGACCCUCUGGGAAAGACGAAGACACUCCGCAUGCAAAAAUUGCUUCUGAUAUCAUGAGUUGCAUUUUACAGAAUUACAACCGGCCCCCUGUGAUGGCGUUAGCCAUCCCCAUAGCAGUGAAAUUCCUCCACAGAGGCAACAAGGAACUGUGCAGGAAUAUGUCCAACUACCUGUCCCUGGCUGCAAUCACCAAGGCAGAUCUUCUGGCUGAUCACACAGACGUUAUAGUAAAGAGCAUACUCCAAGGUAAUGCCAUGUUGUUGAGGGUGUUACCUGCUGUGUAUGAAAAGCAGCCUCAGCCAAUUAACAGACACCUGACAGAACUCCUGGCCUUGAUGUCUCAGCUGGAACAACCAGAACAGUACCAUCUUCUACGGCUUUUACAUGUAGCUGCAAAGAGAAAGCAACCAGAGGUGGUUCAGAAGUGUAUUCCUUUCCUAAUCAGGCAUUUGAAAGACUCAACCCAUAAUGAUGUCAUCCUAAACAUCCUCAUAGAGAUAGCAGGCUAUGAACCUGUGGCUUUGAACAGUUUUCUUCCAAUGCUGAAAGAGAUUGGUGAGAGAUUCCCCUACCUCAUCGGACAAAUGGCGAGAAUCUAUGGAGCUGUGGGGCAUGUGGAUGAAGAGAGAGCCAGGAGCUGCCUGCCAUUCCUGGUGAGUCAGCUGGCCAACAUGGAACAUUCGUUUCAUCAUAUUCUCCUGCUGGAGAUUAAGAGCAUCACUGAUGCUUUCUCCUCCAUCCUGGGCCCUCAGAGCAGAGAUAUCUUCCGCAUGAGCAACAGCUUCACUGCCAUUGCCAAGCUUCUUACCCAACAACUGGAAACUACCAAGGCCAGAAGCAGCAGAAAGAAAACAAAAACCCUAGUGAAUUUGUCGGAAACUCCCUUUAACAAGUCAUAUGUUUUAAGAUUUAAAAAUUUGCAUAAUGUUCAAUAUCUGAUGUCAAAGAGUUUGGCUUUGCACACUGUGCUAACAAAGAGCAUGAGUUCAGAUGAUGGGGAAAUUGUAGAGAGUGGAGAUAUGCCAGCUAGGAUCAUUCUUUCAGAAACAGAUCCACUUAGCCAAGGAAACGACAAGUUGCCCUUUAAGGCAAACUCUGACAGAUCACAGCUGAGAAAUUCUUCAGUUUCACACCCAAGUAUUAUACAUACAGAAUCAGAGAAUUUGCCAGAAACAGUUAAAGAAAACUGCCAGGAGGAAACUCCAGAAACAACUGCAAGUCCUGUAGAAUACCAAGAUAAGCUCUACUUGCACUUAAAGGAAAAUUUCAAUAAAGUAAAGGCAUACGCUGUGGAAAUCGGAAAGAAGAUUCCAAUCCCUGAUCAGUGUACCAUUGAAGAUUCUGUUAGAAGUUGUGUAGCAAAGUUGUUCUUUACCUGCUCCCUGAAGGGUCAUUACUGCCUCUACAGUAAAUCCAGUUUUAUUCUCAUCAGCCAAGAGCCUCAGCCAUGGAUCCAGAUCAUGUUCCUCUUUCAGCAGAGCCUGUUUCCUGAGCCACUGUCUAUACAGAGUCAUUCUGUACAAUUCCUCAGAGAUCUGUGGGAGAAGACCCAGGCAGAUGGUGCUCACAGCUUUGAAACAGCCAUGAUGGAGUCCACAUUUCCACAGCAGAAGGAUCUGGACCAGGUACAGCUCCAUCUGGAAGAAGUGAGAUUCUUUGAUGUAUUUGGCUUCAGCGAAGCAGCAGGAGCAUGGCAAUGCUUCAUGUGCAACAACCCCGAGAAAGCGACCGUUGUAAACCAAGAUGGCCAGCCUCUCAUAGAAGGAAAACUUAAAGAGAAGCAAGUCAGAUGGAAGUUCAUCAAAAGGUGGAAAACUCGUUAUUUUACGCUGGCCGGAAAUCAACUUCUGUUUCAAAAAGGAAAGUCUAAAGAUGAUCCUGAUGACUCCCCAAUAGAACUCAGCAAAGUACAGAGUGUGAAAGUUGUGGCCAGGAAACGCAGGGACCGCUCCCUCCCUCGGGCUUUUGAAAUCUUCACAGACAAUAAAACCUAUGUUUUCAAGGCCAAGGAUGAGAAGAAUGCAGAAGAGUGGCUCCAGUGCAUCAAUGUGGCUGUUGCCCAAGCAAAAGAAAGGGAAAGUAGAGAAGUAACCACAUAUCUGUAG